AUGCAGGGGUUACCAUACAACAAGGAAGCAAGCUUAAAGAAAGAAGAGAGCUUCAAGCCGAUACCAAGAGAGACACUAGAGAAGUUGGUGAAUCCAGCAGCAGAGGCAUUCAGCAAUGGAUUGGAUGAUUUCAAGAAGACAGAAAAUAUAGAAGCAUUGGAAUCACUCCACUUUGUUCUAUUGAUGGAUGGAUCACAGGCAAAUGGCAAAUUGUUAAGCAGAUUACAUGAACUGGUUCCAUACAUGAGUGAUACCAAAUAUUACGACUUGAUUGUGGCAAUGUUCAUUGAUAUAGCACACUAUAAUCAAACUGUUCAGAGAAUAUUGAUUGAUGCAGGCGUAUUCAAAUUGCUCAACUACGAUAAUUCAUUGACAUUUGAACUGAUUUUCAACAUCUGUGAUUUGAAUAAGGCUGGAUUGCAGCAGUUUCUGUUAGAGUGCUAUAACGAAUCACUCAGCAAAAACCCAAAGAUCAUGUCGCUACUAAAACAGCUGUAA